AUGGUAGACAUGCCAAGCCUGUACAGUCCCUUGUCCCCGCUGGGGGAUCCAAUUCUGGACAGCCCUCUGUGUGGAGAGCUCAUUGGUGACAUGGAGGUGCUGGAGGACAUCUCACAGUCCCUCAGUGAUGAAACCUUCAACUCCCUUCAUGUGCUGGACUACCAGAGCAACAAUACAGCAGCAGACAGCUCAACUGGCUUAGAUGUCUUAACACCAGCAUCUAGUCCAUCCUCAGAAGUGUUUGCGUCCAGCACGGUUCAGGACGGGAACUUUUCUGGUUCUCUGGCCCUCGAGUGCCGCAUCUGCACCGACCGGGCCUCUGGUUUCCACUAUGGAGUGCACGCCUGCGAAGGGUGCAAGGGGUUCUUCAGGAGAACCAUUCGACUCAAACUGGAGUAUGACAAGUGCGAACGCAACUGCAAGAUCCAGAAAAAGAACCGCAACAAAUGUCAAUACUGCCGUUUCCGCAAGUGCCUUGCAGUGGGCAUGUCCCACAAUGCUAUCCGUUUUGGGCGGAUACCUCAAUCUGAAAAGCAGAGGCUGAAAGCAGAGAAGGACGUCAGCGACAAAGAGCAGCACAAGUCCCAGCAGCUGGACACAAAGAGUUUGGCCAGACAGAUGCAUGAAGCCUACCUCAAACACUUCCACAUGAACAAAGCCAAAGCACGCGUGUUUCUCACAGGCAAGACCAGCACUCCGCCCUUCGUCAUCCACGACAUGGACACGCUCCAUCACGCAGAGCGGAAACUACUCACCCAGCUUCUGGGCAACGUGGCAUCCGGAGACGUCUGCACUCUGCGGGAGAGAGAAGUGGAGGCCCGGAUCUUCCUGUUCUGCCAGUACGCCUCGGUGGCGACAGUCACGGAGCUGACUGAGUUCGCCAAGGCUGUGCCCGGCUUCGCCACCUUGGACCUCAACGACCAGGUGACUCUGCUGAAGUAUGGCGUGUACGAGGCGCUCUUCGCCCUGCUGGCCUCCUGCAUGAACAAAGAUGGGCUGCUGGUGGCUCGCGGUGGGGGCUUCAUCACCCGAGAAUUUCUGAAGAGCCUGCGAAAGCCCUUCAGCGACAUGAUGGAGCCAAAAUUUCAGUUUGCCACCAGGUUCAACGCCCUAGAGCUCGACGACAGCGACCUGGCACUGUUCGUGGCCGCCAUCAUCUGCUGCGGAGAUCGUCCAGGACUGAGCGAUGUGUCUCAGAUCGAGCGCAUCCAGGAGAGCAUCAUCCACGCCCUGCGGCUCCACCUGUUGUCCAACCACCCCGACGACACCUUACUUUUUCCCAAGCUGCUUCAGAAACUGGCCGACCUUCGGCAGCUGGUAACGGAGCACGCGGAGCUGGUCCAGGAGAUCAACAAGACGGAGGACGCUUCACUCCACCCGCUCCUGCAGGAGAUCUACAGGGACAUGUACUGACUUUAAAGCAUUGCCAUUCUCAGCAAGCACCAAAACACAAGAGCUCCCUCUGCGUGUGGGACAGGAGGUAAAAGAUGCUCAGCUCAGAGGGGGAUAGAAGCCCGGUGGAAACAUCUCUAUGGUGUGCACCUGCUUGGGAAUCAAGCACUGCCGGGACAUGACAGGGUAAAGCCAGCUCGCUGAGAAAUAUAGCACUAACCUUAAAUAGGGAACAGACCUUUAUAAGGUUGAUGCCUAAUAGUGCAAUAGAUGCUUUUGUAAAUUUGCCAAAAAGUGGAUUACAGGCGCAGUAAAUAUAUGCCUUGGCUCACUGUAAACUGGCAGUAGACCAUUAAAGUGCCAUAUUUAGCUUCAUAAGCAUCUGUUUAUAGUGCGAGAGCAUAGUUGGCUUGUAUUGUUUUAGACAAACGUGGCCACUCUGAGAUGAUGUGCUGCUGCUGAUCUCCUGCUCCAUCUGUUUAGUUUGAAGGGCGGGGCUUUGGAGAUCACGGGGCGUGGCUAACAAAACUUAACUUCCAGAGCAGUUGAUGUCACUCUGCACGUUUAAACUCAAGAUUUAGGACCUGGAAAAUAUAGAGUUGACUAGCCUGAAUAAGGGGUAAUUUUUCAUAAAAUGGUUUGAUGCUAGAAUGAAAUGUAUAGAGAGAGAGCCAUAUAAAUCCAGUUGUUUGUUACCUCAUUUGAAACGCUUGUACAUUGAACAUAAUUUGUUAAAUCUUUUGUAUAAAAAUAUUAUUGUACACUUUAUAGCACUCCAACUGUAAUUUUAUUGUACAAAUGUAUUAUGUGUUCUGACAUGGUACCUGAUUCAAUUAGUAAAUUGGUUGUAAUUUUUAUUUUUUAAGGAAAAUUAAUUUUCGCAGCAUUUUAAGCUAAAUCUACUAGAGUUGACAAUCCAUGAGACUUGAUUAGAAAGUGCUUUGUAGACUGUUGCAGUUUUUAAUGAAUAAUUUCUUUAGUUGUAGUAUUCGGGUGCGUAAUUACUGACUGAUCUCAUCUGGUGUUUGUAAUUUGAAAUGAAAUGUCAUGUUAAUGAAAAAUGUUUGAAAAAAAAACUGAAAUCAGCGGCGUAGACGUGUUUAUUUCUGGCGCCAUCUUCUG